GCGUGCCCGCGGGGAGGCAGCCGAGAAGCCGGGCUGCGGCGGCUGUGAGGACUCAGUGCUCCGCCCUCUCCUCACCGCGGCCGCCGCCGCCCCCGAGCCUCCCUGGGAGGGACCCGUGUCCCCGCCUGCCGCACUGCCAGUCCGACCCUCGGGCCGCCGCGGAGCACCCGGCCCAGCGCAGCGCGGACCUCGGCAGGUGCGGUGACGAGGCGCCGUGCGGCGCUCCGAGUCCCGAGCCCGCGCGUCCGCGGCCCCGCUGCCCGCGCUCCCGAGGGCCGGCCCCCGACGAGGCGGCCGCCGGCCGGGUGCUCAGCAUGAACCGCGGCCACCGGCACGGGCAGAGCAGCGGCUGCCUGGGCACCAUGGAGGUGAAGAGCAAGUUUGGUGCUGAGUUUCGUCGGUUUUCACUGGAAAGAUCCAAACCCGGAAAAUUUGAGGAGUUUUAUGGACUGCUGCAACAUGUUCACAAGAUCCCCAAUGUUGACGUGCUGGUGGGCUACGCAGACAUCCACGGGGAUCUGCUGCCCAUAAACAAUGAUGACAACUACCACAAGGCAGUUUCCACCGCCAACCCACUGCUUAGGAUCUUUAUACAGAAGAAGGAAGAAGCUGACUACAGUGCCUUUGGUACAGACACCCUAAUCAGGAAGAAGAACGUGCUGAGCAACGUGCUGCGUCCUGACAACCAUAGGAAGAAGCCCCACAUCGUCAUCAGCAUGCCCCAGGACUUCCGCCCGGUGUCAUCCAUCAUAGAUGUGGACAUCCUCCCGGAGACCCACCGAAGGGUCCGUCUGUACAAGUAUGGCACGGAGAAGCCCCUGGGCUUCUACAUCCGCGACGGCUCCAGCGUCCGGGUGACACCACACGGCUUAGAGAAAGUCCCCGGGAUCUUCAUAUCGAGGCUGGUUCCCGGGGGUCUGGCCCAGAGCACGGGAUUGCUAGCUGUCAAUGACGAAGUGUUAGAAGUCAAUGGUAUAGAGGUGUCGGGGAAGAGCCUGGACCAAGUGACUGACAUGAUGAUAGCCAACAGCCGCAACCUCAUCAUCACUGUGCGGCCAGCUAACCAGAGGAACAACGUGGUGAGGAACAGUCGGACUUCCGGCAGCUCCGGCCAGUCCACCGACAACAGCCUCCUGGGCUACCCGCAGCAGGCGGAAGCCAGCUUUGAGCCAGAGGACCAGGACAGCGAUGAGGACGACAUCAUCAUUGAAGACAGUGGUGAGCCGCAGCAGAUCCCGAAGGCUGCCCCCGAUGCCCAGAGCCUGGAGUCCCUGACGCAGAUAGAGCUCAGCUUUGAGUCGGGGCAGAAUGGGUUCUCCCCUCCACAGGACCCGGUGCCUGUGCCCAGCAGCCUGGACACAGAGUUUGAACCCCGGGCUCCGGACCAGAGACUCUUAGAGGAAGACGGAACGAUCAUAACGUUGUGAACCGCCACGUGUGUUUGCCAAGUGCUAUAAAAGUGGCACAAGAUUGACACAGGGGACCUCCAGGCCUUGAUGUCCCACGGGCAAGCCUAGAGUGUGGCUGGAUGGGGUGACUGCAGACAGACUGCAGUGUGCAUGUGUGAGGCCUUUGCUGCAGGGGAGUGCUGCUCUCUGCAACGUUGGAUGCUCUUCCUCCCUGUCUCCACCGGCUCUGCAGAGGCCCUGUCCUGAAGUCUGGGGUCUCCUUCCUUGGUCCACUGGACCUCACUUCUUGGAUUCCCAACAUGGAUGGAUUCUGACUUUUAAAAAUGUUCCUCAGUUAAUCGUGACAGAUUGUUUUUUCAUGUUCAGUUUUGUUCUGUUUCCCCGUUUUCUAAGACUUUAACUAGCUGGCCAUGUUUAGGGGUGCUUCCCACUACCCAGCCCUGGAGCACCCCCUGUUGUCUCCAUCCUGUAGCUUCACAGUUGCAGGGUGCCUCGGUCCUACUGACUGCUCCUUCUCUGUUAACCUCCUCACCCCAGUCCACUGCAAACUGUUUCUGUGUGUGUGCGUGUGCGUGUGCGUGUGUGUGCAGGGUGCCUUGGUCCUACUGACUGCCCCUUCACUGUUAACCUCCUCACCCCAGUCCACUGGAAAUCAUUCCUGUGUGUGCGCGUGUGCGUGUGUGCGCGCACAUGUGUGUGUGCGCGCGCGUGUGUGUGUGUGUGUGUGUGUGUGUGUGUGUGUGCACGCGUGUGUGUGCUGUGUGUGUGCAGGGUGCCUUGGUCCUACUGACUGCCCCUUCACUGUUAACCUCCUCACCCCAGUCCACUGGAAAUUGUUCGUGUGUGUGUGUGUGUGUCUGUGUGUGUGUGUGUCUGUGUGUUACAGUUAGUGUGCUCCACACUCUUCCAGUAUACCAGACAGUGUGGAUCAUGUUGAAUAAAAAGGACCCAGGUUAAGAGACUAACACACAGGACAAAUGUGCACUUUUUAUACAAAAAUGGAGUUUUUCUUCCUGGGGAUUCUAGGGCGCUGUCUGCACUUCGGGGAGCCUGUGUCAAGUUCACCACCCAAAGGGGUGUUAAUUCUGUGAGUUAUUUAUUCUCUUCUGUGUUCAGGAGGAGGGACCAGUGCUUGUCCUCCCUCGCCUGAUGCCCUUGCAUUGCAUGCACAGGUACCGCCAUCCACGUGUGGACUCAGACUGUCCCGAGUCCCUGGGCAGACAGUUAUUUAUUAGCCUUGUGGUGGGGCGAGUGUGGACACCCCAGUUGUGUACCAUUACAGCAACAAAAUUCCGAUGACUCCGAGUUGAAGGACCUUUUUCUCUAUCGUACGAACCGACAGAAAUGAAGCCUUGAUCCAGGGAAGGGAGCUGGACUCAGUGGAUACUGAACGUGUUAUUUGCCGAGUGACUUUGUGUUCAAUUCACCGCGUUCUUCCUCUCCCCCAGCACCACUUGCUGACAGUGGUCCAGCUUUGACACCGUGAGGGAGUUUUCCCAGUGCGGCUCUCGGGAAGGUACCGUUAGGUAUGGAAGGCUCAGUGUGCUCACAAGCUAAGUGGCACACGGGCUCAAGAUUGUAAGUCAGACUACUUCCACAUACUACCUCUCCUCUCUCUCUCUCUCUUUUUUUUUUUUUAACAGAGUUUUAACAUUAGAAGUUUUCUCUUGGGGAAAAUACUUCAGGGCUUGACUUUUGUACAAAUUUUAACUGUAAAACACAGAUUUAUCUUCCGUCUGAAAGUGGAGAUCAAGGCUGCUGGCGCUUAUUUUAAUUUAAAGGACAGUAGUGUUUGCACCAAGGUCUUACUGGUGCAGUAAGUGAUCGCAGACAUUCUGUGAGGCCAGGGAGCCUUGGUUAUGGGGGUCCAGUCCCGUUGGCUUGUUCUUAAUGCCCCUUAGAAUGAGAGCGUGAGCGCCGGCAGCUCAGCGUGCGGUUCCGUUGUCCUGAAUGUCGAGCCUCACUGUGACUUCUGUUCGGUCCUCAGUCAACUAUGUCAACAUGAUGCUGUGCUGUUGUGAACCAUGAAUUUUCUAAUUAAAUUUUACAUGCUAUAACAUGAUUUUUACAUGAAUGAUACUUUGUUUAAACUAUCAAAUGUCAGUAUUUUACUACAAUUUUAUUAUAAAAUGUACAUUAUCACUAAAUGAACUUUGAUUUUAAAAAUCAAGUUAGCUUUAGUUACAUAUUAUUUUUUACAAAUAAAGACGGACUUGUAUAAAGGCUA